GUGAAAUUGAAUAAGCUCAGCCCAUCUGCCAAGCAUGCAUAGUAAGCAAAUAUUAUUGUUUAAUUCAUGACUAGUUAAAGUUAAAAAUAAGUUAAGUUAAAAAUAUUGGGCAGAGUGGAAAAAUGUGUUUUGAUUUACAUUUUGACUGUUAUCCAGAUAUACUGGAUGUAACACAGAAAGAGAAGACAGAAACUGUGGUAAAACUGUGACAGACUGAAUUAAAACUACACAACUAUAUACCGACAAUUAUUGAAUAAAAUGGGAGGAUCAAAGUCUGCACAUAAACAUCCACCAGAAUUAGACAGCCCUUGGAGGUCCAUGAUUUGGGACAAAGAGAAAAUAGAGCAGAAUCUGAGAGACUUUAAUCUGAACAAACCAGAUGUCGGGUUUGUUAGGAUUCUACUUGUUGGUGGAGUUGGAGCGGGAAAGUCCAGUUUCAUAAACUCUGUCAAUAAUGCUUUCCAAGGAAGAAUCACCUCUGGGGCUCUGGUUGAUGGAACAGGUGGACCCAGUUUUACAAAAAAGUACAAAAACCAUUACAUUGAAGGAAAGAAUGGCUCCCGUUUGCCUUUUAUCUUCAACAAUCUAAUGGGACUUGAAAAUGAAGAAUCUGGUGUAACUGAAGUGGACAUCUUCAAUGCCAUGAAAGGGUGUCUUGAGGAAGGGUACAAAUUUAAUCCUGGAUCCCCAGUGUCUUCAAAUGACAUUGGUUACAAAAACAAUCCAAGUCUUGAGGAUAAAACCUCUUGCCUGGUCAACAUCAUUGCAGCCGACAAAAUAUCACUGAUAAGUGAUGGGGUCAUUAGGAAGCUGAAAGCUAUCCGUCAGGAGGCAACAAAUCUGGAUAUUCCUCAAGUGAUUGUCAUGACACGACCAGAUUUAGCAUGUCCAUUGGUUAAUGAAAAUAUACAGAAGAUCUACAGCAGCCAGAAAAUCAAAGCCAAGAUGCAAGAGUGUAGCAAUCGCCUGGGUAUUCCAAUGAAUCACAUUUUCCCUGUGAAGAACUACCAUGAGGAGAUAGACACAAACGAUGACAUAGAUGUUCUCAUCCUCAAGGCAGUUGAUCAGAUUGUGAACAUCGCUGCUGAUGCACUAAAGAUAAAAUCCUCUGUUUAAGUCCUGUACAUACAGUACGUGGAUUUCAACACCUCAAUCACUUUUAUUGCAUCAUAAAAUAAAUUGUUGUUACUUUUAAAUGAAGCUAACUUAACUUCAGCUGUUGUUUUGAUUGACAUGACAAUGACUAUAUUGCUAAUUGUGCCUUGCAUGCCUGGAUUAGUUGCAUAUAUUAAUUUACUGUAGAAGUCAUUUUAUUUUGACUGUUUAAACACAGAAAAUAAGCAUUGAAAGACUUUAUUUGUCAUAUUUGCAUGGCAGGGUUUAUAAGUCAUGUGCUUAAUACUUGUAACCUUCUGUUUGUUUUGACAUGAAAGUAAAUUAAAUGUUUCCUGAUUAAGU